UUUCCAUCCCUGGGGCAUGAUCAUGCAGCUAGGCCUGCCCUUGGUGCUGGGGGUGGCCCUGUGCCUGGGGUAUGGCCAGCCCCCACCUGAACGCCCCUUCUCAGUACUGUGGAAUGUGCCCUCAGCACACUGUAAGGACCACUUCGGCGUGCACCUGCCACUCAAAGCCCUGGGCAUCACAGCCAACUGUGGCCAGCGCUUCCAAGGCCAGAAUGUCACCAUCUUUUACAAAAAUCGGCUUGGACUCUAUCCCUACUUUGGGCCCAGGGGCACAGCUCACCAUGGGGGCAUCCCCCAGGUUGUGCCCCUUGGCCGUCACCUGGUACAGGCUGCCUGUCAGAUCCUCCACAGCCUGCGACCUGGUUUUGCUGGCCUGGCAGUACUAGACUGGGAGGAAUGGUGUCCACUCUGGGCUGGGAACUGGGGCCGCCGCCGGGCCUAUCAGGCAGCCUCACGGGCUUGGGCACGGCGGGUGUUCCCCCAUCUGGACCCUCAGGAGCAGCUGCAUGAGGCCCGUGCUGGCUUUGAGCAAGCAGCUCGUGCACUGAUGGAGAACACAUUGCGGCUGGGCCGAGCACUGCAGCCCCAUGGGCUAUGGGGCUUCUAUCGCUUCCCAGCCUGCGGCAAUGGCUGGCACAGCAUGGCUUUCAACUACACAGGCCGCUGCCAUGCAGCUACCCUUGCCCGUAACACCCAGCUGCAUUGGCUAUGGGCUGCCUCCAGUGCCCUCUUCCCCAGCAUCUACCUCCCACCCAGGCUGCCACCUGCCCACCGCCAGGCCUUUGUCCGACACCGCCUGGAAGAGGCCUUCCGCGUGGCCCAUGCUGGGCAUCUGCAUCCCCUACCUGUCCUGGCCUAUGCCCGCCUCACACACUGGAAGUCUGGGAAGUUCCUGUCCCAGGAUGACCUCGUGCAGACCAUGGGUGUAAGCGCGGCACUGGGGGCAGCUGGUGUGGUGCUCUGGGGGGACCUGAGCUUCUCCAGCUCUGAGGAGGAAUGCUGGCGUCUCCACGACUACCUGGUGGGCACUUUGGGCCCCUAUGUGAUCAAUGUGACCAGGGCGGCCAUGGCCUGCAGUCAUCAGCGGUGCAAUGGUCAUGGGCGCUGUGCCCGGCAAGACCCAGGGCAGCUGGAAGCCUUUCUGCAUCUGCAGCCAGAUGGUGUCCCUGGAGCUUGGGAGUCCUUCAGCUGCCACUGUUACCGGGGCUGGUCUGGACCUUCCUGUCAGGAGCCCAGUCCUGGGCUUAAGGAGGCAGCAUAA